UUUCUCUUUGUAAAACGAUCUGCUCCCGUAAUCCUAUUGAAAUUAAAAUACAGAGAGAUCACCACAAAGAUAUAACUAAAUAAAUAAGGAAGAAGAAGAAGAAGAAGAAAAAGAAGAUGCAGAACUUAGAUUGAUAUAGAAUCUUGAUUGAUAUCAUUGAAUUAAUUUCUUGACAUAGACAGAAAAAAAAAAAGGAAUUUUUGAGAAUGGGAGAAGAAGAAACCCUAGGAGGAGAAGGUCAGGGAAGGUCUCUCGCUGCUCCUUUAAUAUUUCUUGUUGUCGUUUUCUUUCAGUUGGUCUCCACAUACCUCGAACAAUUAAAGAAGAGAGCAGCUAAGACUUCUACAGAAGUUCAGCUGCGUACGGAAAUUAAGCAGCUAUUGAAAGAGGCGAGCUCCUACUCACAGCCAUCAACAUUUGCUCAGGCAGCGAAACUUAGGAGGUUGGCAGCUGCAAAGGAGAAGGAACUAGCAAAUCUUCAAGAGAUGCACAACAAGGAGAUGAAGCUGUCCUAUGAUUUGUACCUUAAAAUCAUAUUUCUCUCAAAGAUUGUGACAUACUUUGUGAUGAUUUGCUGGUUUUGGAGGACUCCUGUUGCUGCAAUAUCUCAGCAACUGGUGCAGCCUUUUGGAAGGAUGCUAUCUUGGGGUGCCGGAGGUCUUUUUAAUGACAAUGUAUUGGUAAUAAUUUUGAUUUCCAUUUAUUUGGGUUUUGUUCUUGACCAUAUUCUAGAGAAAACCAUUGGACCAUUAUAGGAUUUUUCUGAAUCAGACUGCUGAUUAACUAUAGUUCAUUCAUGUGACAUGACAACGACUAAGCAUAAACAAAGGCCCUCCAAACCACCGCAUAGAUAUCUAUAGAGGUUUCACAUACCAUAUGGUAACUACUGAGCAUUAAGAGAAAAAUAGCAGCUAUAAGUCUCCUAAAUGAUAGCUACUCCACCAUGGAUAACUAAAAGGUAAAAUCAUAUACUUUGAAGUCCGAAAAACUGCAGAUGCAACAUAUUGAAGAGUUUUAUUGCUGGACUUCCAAAUGUCUGCAAAUGAAGUCUAUCGCUCAAAUUCCAAGUUCUGCAGAGGAAUCUUGUUUAGUUUGAACCUGCACAAGGAGACUUACCAACUCCUAUCCUUUUUCAUCUUUUUCUUCUGUUUAGCCAUAGCGUUAAUUCUGGAGAAGGGUAACUAAAUUUCUUGUUAGACUAUAUUAAAAGAUUUCCAGUGAUAAUAUGCCAGAGAAAUCUAACACACCUACUUCUGUAUUUUGGGGAUUAAAUGAUCUCUUCUGGCCCAUUAGCAACCAGCACUUUCCUGAGUCAGACCUUGGUUGAGAAUAAAUAGGAUUUCAAGCAAUUCAUGAGAUGGGACAUUGAAGUCUUUCUAUAUUUCUGUUUACUCUUUUGAUGUAACUGCAGGUUGGAAUUAUUCCAUGGUUGAUAUUAUCUACCAGGGUGAGCAAAUUUGUAUGUCGAGUCAUCCAGUAGAAUGAAGAAUGUAAAUGAUAUGAAAUCUUUUUGAGAACGAAACACAGCAAUGUGCUUCGAUUUAUAGUCAAAUAGAGACCACUUGUCACUUGUGGCCUUGGCAGCAUUUUUUUUCCCAAUCUUCAUCUACAUUCUAAAGAACUUCUGUUUAUUUGGUGUAUACACUCAAUUUUGUUGUAGUGAGUGGAAAAUUAAUUACCUCUUGUAACGCAUUCUCUGUACAUCUGGAGCUUUGAUCUAGAAAAGCAAAAAAAAAAAAAAGAAAAAAGAUGUGCAGUGGACAUGUGACAGAUGGUUAUUGUUGCUGUAAGCAGCUGACAUCAACAUUCUGUCUAUAAUCUGUUCAUUGGAUCUUUGAUUGGAGUAAAAUCUUGUGCACCUGCGUUUUGCUCUUAA